AGCCGCUCUGAGCUACUACCGGAGCUAGGUUUUUGCAAUUCGCUAGAACAAGUGGAUCAGGAGCUCAGCUGAGGACUCCUAAAAUCCCUCACUCUUCAGUUAUUUAAAGACUUCUUCUUUCAGUAUUCAAGUGGAUUUCCCUUUUCAAGUGAAUAAGCAGAGGGAACUGCCUGGAUACAGCAAAAAUUAGCCUUCCGAGCUAAGGAUGUUUGUAUUCAGGGCAGCAAUGCCACUUCCUACCACAUGAGAAAGACCAUGACAACUUUGCGAGACUGCUACCUGCUCGGUUCUCAAAAUGACGAUGUCUGCCAGAAAAUUCAGGUUUCCAGCCUGUGAUGCUCAAGCAGAUUCAUACUACAAGAGAGACGAUACUGGACACAACUAAGGAAUUUUAGGGAAAUAUCCCUAACUAACAGCAUAGAGCUCUGAACUGCUUCAGAGACAGAGAAACCAUGCGUUCCGGAAGUAACAGUGCGGAAAGCCCAACCAGACCAAAGCUGUACCAACAAAGGCCAAAAAGCCACCAGAAAGAAGAGACAGGUUACAGUGGGAAAGGAAACGUGCAAAGAAGGCUGAAGGAGGAUGAGGCACCCCAAGCGAGCACCAUCCUAAGAAGCCCUAAGGCUGAGAAAAAAGCAAGAAGUUCUUUCAAGAAAAGAGAAGAUCUCUCUCGUGAUGACUUGCUAUUUCUUCUUAGUGUCCUUGAGGGUGAAUUACAGGCUCAGGAUGAAGUUAUUGGAGUACUUAAGGCUGAAAAAAUUGACUUGGCUUUGCUUGAAGCUCAGUACGGCUUUGUUACUCCCAAGAAGGUGUUAGAGGCCCUCCAGCGAGAUGCUAUUCAAACAAAGGCUGCACAAUGGCAAGAAGAUAUCUAUGAAAAGCCUAUGGGAGAGCUUGAUAAAGUUGUAGAGAAGCAGAAAGAAACUCACAGACGAAUGCUGGAGCAACUUCUAAUGGUAGAAAAAUCACACAGACAGACUCUGUAUGAACUAGAGGAAGAGAAGAGAAAGCACAGUGAAUUCAUGGACAAAAGCAAUGAGUUUACAAGCCUGCUAGAACAAGAACGUGAAAGAUUGAAAAAGCUUCUUGAACAAGAAACAGUGUAUCAGGAGAAAAAAGAGAAGGAAAGCAACAAGAAAAUAGCCAAACUGAAAGAAGAAUUAACUAAACUGAAAUCCUUUGCUUUAAUGGUGGUGGAUGAACAACAACGGCUCACCGAGCAGUUGAAUCAACAAAGUCAAAAAAUUCAAGAGUUAACCACUUCUGCCGACCAAGCACAUGAGAAGCUCGCCCUUGCUGAAGCAAAAGUGCAAGAAGAAGAACGGAGAGCCAGCAGACUGGAGGCUGAACUGCAAGCCCAAAGCAGUAAGGUUUCCCAAGAUCAAGAAGCAAUGAUGGCCAAACUAACCAACGAAGACAGCCAGAAUCGUCAGCUCCGGUUAAAACUGACUGCUCUCAGCCGACAAAUCGAUGAGCUGGAGGAGACCAAUAAAUCUUUAAGGAAAGCAGAAGAUGAACUGCAAGACCUAAGGGAUAAGAUAAAUAAGGGCGAAUAUGGGAACUCGACACUUAUGUCCGAAGUGGAAGAACUACGAAAGCGACUGCUGGAGAUGGAAGGAAAAGACGAAGAGCUCAUAAAAAUGGAAGAUCAGUGCAGAGAACUUAAUAAAAAAUUAGAAAAAGAAGCAUCACAGAGCAAGAACCUUAAAGGGGAAGUUGACAAACUCAACAAAAGAAUUAUGGAGCUGGAGAAAUUAGAGGAUGCUUUCAACAAAAGCAAGCAGGAAUGCUACUCCCUGAAAUGCAACCUAGAAAGAGAAAAAAUGUUAACAAAGCAGUUGUCCCUUGAGCUGGAUGGCUUAAAAGCUAGAGUCGGAGAGCUUGAAGCAAUCGAAAGCAAGUUAGAAAAAACUGAGUUCACACUUAAAGAAGAUUUAACAAAGCUGAAGACUCUAACAGUGAUGCUUGUGGAUGAAAGAAAAACUAUGGGUGAAAAAAUAAAGCAAACAGAAGAGAAGCUGCAAGCUGCAACUUCUCAGCUUCAGGUGGAACAAAAUAAGGUGAUGUCCGUUACAGAAAAACUUAUUGAGGAAAGUAAAAAGGCACUGAAGUCAAAAUCUGAUGCAGAGGAAAAAGUAUGCAGUGUAACAAAAGAAAGAGAUGAAUUGAAAAACAAACUGAAAGCAGAAGAGGAGAAAGGCAGCGAUCUUGCUUCCAAAGUAAAUAUUCUAAGAAAGAGACUUCAGUCACUGGAAGCUGUCGAAAAAGAAUUUCUUAAAAAUAAGUUUAAGGAGAGUACUAAAUCCAGCACUUCUUUGCAGCAGGAGAACAACAAAAUCAAAGAGCUUUCUCAAGAAGUUGAGAGGCUUAAGCAAAAGCUGAAAGAAAUGAAGGCCAUAGAAGAUGAUCUUAUGAAAACUGAAGAUGAAUUUGAGUCUCUAGAAAGAAGGUAUGUCAAUGAACGGGACAGAGCCAAGCUCCUGUCCGAGGAGCUGGAGGCUGUCAAAAUGGAAGUGGCUAGGUAUAAAUUAACGGAGAAGGCUGAGUCCAAUCAAGAGCAGCGUCUUUUUAAGAAGCUCAGAGAAGAAGAAGCCAAAUCAAGUCACCUUUCCAGAGAAGUAGAUGCACUGAAAGAGAAAAUUCAUGAGUACAUGGCAACAGAAGACCUAAUCUGUCACCUCCGAGGUGAUCAUACAGUCUUACAGAAGAAACUCACCCAGCAGGAAAAUAAGAAUAGGGAGUUGGCAAGAGAAAUGGAAAGUCUCACAAAAGAAUUAGAGAAGUACAGACGCUUCAGUAAGACCCCCAGACCCAGUCUCAAUGGAAGACGAAUCUCUGACUUGCAAGUUUUUUCUAAAGAAGUCCAGACAGAUCCAGCAGACAAUGAGCCACCUGACUACAAAACCCUCAUGCCUUUAGAGCGAGCGGUGAUAAAUGGACAGCUGUAUGAAGACAGCGAUAACGAGGACAAAGACAACAAUGAGGAAGAACAACCGGUGUCCUUCAAAAGCAACUCAUCCAUUGCAAAUGCUGUGAACAAGAAGUUAUGGAUCCCUUGGAUGAAGUCCAAAGACAACCAUCCUCAGAACGGAAAGAUUCAUACAAAGCAAAAUGGAAACUGUGCACAGACUGGAGACCUAGUGCUCAGCCAUACCCCUGGUCAACCUCUUCACAUAAAGGUAACUCCAGAUCAUGGCCAGAACACAGCAACACUUGAAAUAACAAGUCCUACCGCUGAAAGUCCUCACUCCUACACAAGCACAGCUGUCAUACCCAACUGCGGCACUACCAAGCAAAGAAUAACCAUUAUUCAAAAUGCCUCCUUAACGCCUGUAAAAUCAAAAGCAGCAGAAGGUUACAUGAGCCCAGAGCAAGCCAUUUCUCCCAUUACCAUGGCUGCUUUUGCAAGAUCUCAAACUCCUGAUUCAUGUGGCUCUUUAACUCCUGAAAGAACAAUGUCCCCUUUGGCUUUACCAGGCUCAAGUUCUCAGGAACAAAUGCUCUCCUCAGAGCCUUUGGAAAUGGGAGCCAAGCACGCCGUUUUUAGAGUAUCCCCGGACAGGCAGUCGUCAUGGCAGUUUCAGAGAUCUAACAGUACGGGAUCAAGUGUAAUAACUACUGAGGAUAACAAAAUCCACAUCCACUUAGGAAGUCCUUACGUCCAAGCUCUCUCCAGCUCCAAGCCCGUCAGCCCUUGUACCCCGGUGCAAGAUAACAGAACUCCAGCACUAGCUAACGGGAUACCCAGUAAGCCCACCAAUAAAAUCACCAGCAGUAUUACUAUCACACCAACAGCCACUCCUCUCCCACGGCAAUCACAAAUUACAAUUACUGAUGCAUUCCGUCAAUCAAUUCCAACUCGGAUCCCCAAACCAAAGCCUACGAGCACAACUAAACUACCUGUCAAAAUUCCCACUGGACAUCUCAACAAACCACUCCAAGAUAACAGUUCUGGAAAGCUGCAUAUUAUAAGGACUGUGUCUAAAACUUGCCUUCAAAGUGGAGGGAGAAGAGUGCAUUCCAACAGUCUAAAUGGCUCAACUGAUAAUUUGUGGGAAAGCUCCUUUCACAUAGGUCUUUCUUUAAGAACUGCCAAAUCCUAAUUCCUAAAUAAAGCCAAAGCUGGUAGUGAUCACAGCACCACAGACAGAAUUGGGACUGUUCUGCUGAAGCAAAGAGAGAUUUUGAUGCAUUCAGUUACCCAAUUUCUCUCCCUUUUAUUUCACAGCUAAAAGUUUAACUUAGCCACUGAGACAGUACACCACAUUAGCACUCCUGCGUGACUAUUUUUACAAACCCACAACAGAAACCCAUGCCUCCCUCAACAGCUCCACAAGAAAUUCUCCAUGGGUACUUAAGAAAGGGAAGGUUUAAAAAGAUCAGUCUACUGAAAAGUUAUUUCAGCAUGUGCCCUACAAGACGCAUUCGCGGCAAAGAGCAGAAACUGAAAAAAGACUCUUCUAUAUUAAAAAGAGAAGCCUUCAAAUGUAAUUCACUAAAGUUGGAGGUAGCGAUAAAGUUCUGAGGCUACGUGUGACAUAUGCUCAGAUCCAAAUAAAGUUCACAGAAGCACCCUAUUAGGUGCUCUGCAAGUUGCAGAACAAGUAUGUGUAUGUGUGAAGAAGGAAAACAGUGUUGAAAAACCAGGUGUCAACUUGGCACGCUUAUCAGAGAUGCGAGAAGGAGCUUCAGCACAAGAACAGCGUUCAUCUGAAGGGACAGCAACUCACGGAUGAGCCAAAGGAAAGACACAACUCUCCACACGCAGAUCCGCCGACAGAUCUCAGCUCCAAAUCAAGCCCACAGAACUCUCUCUGAAUGAGCUACGAUGAUUGGUCUGCUCCUCAGUAGCUGCAAACCCCAAAUUCCAAAUCGAUGCCAUUUAUCAAUGGCAGCCUUUAUUGCCUGUCUACUUAAAGAAAAUAAAAACUUCUAGCACAAGAAAUUAAAUCCUGCAAUAGCAGCCUUUGCUUUAGAGCACAGAAGGACCCCUCAAGUGCUGUCAGAUCAUCAUCCACAGCACCUUGCUCUACUCACCUAUUUGUACUGCUGACAUAAAAUAGCUUCCCUGCCUUUUGCUCUGGCUUGGGAUGACACAAUUCAUUUCUACGUAAAAGGGACACAACCCACAGAGGCUCUUAAGGACAUAAACAGCCUGACAGGCGGAUACUACAGUCUUAUGGGAUUAAGGGAGGCAAAGAAAGCAUGGGAGAAUGAAAGACAAGGAGUGGUAACAGGAAAAGAGGUAAUUGGAAGAAUUUCUGGAAAACAGACAUCUAUCCCCCUCCCUCAAACUACUUGGGAGAUUUGGCAUGCUGGUUACAGGCGAGACAAGGACAUGCAUAGGAGUGUUCUUUCUGUUCAUGGAGAGAAAAGGAAACAGCUAGCGUCCUGCACCAGGACUAAACAAAGCCCUGAGUAUUCCUUAACCUCUCCCGUACAGUUCUGAAUGCAAUACAAAAAUAGUAUUCAAUAAUGGACGUAGUUGUGGCAUAAACUGGUCAAAGAGAGUGAAGGAAACCCUGCGUUUACAUGACUUGGGACACAUGCAACACUAAACAAAACUAAUAAACAGAAAAUAAUCCCUAACCAUCCUCUCCAUAUCUCUCAAAGAGGUUUGCAGAAGAAGUUUUUUGGCAAGUUGGUUUGUGUCAUGUGGCAAGGUAAAUAGAUGGCUAAUCCCUUCAGUUUUUUUUUUUUUUUUUUUUUUUUUUAAACAUCUAUAAACCCCAUGCAGCAUGGUAAACAUUUAAUGUCUCAGAAGUGAGAGUAACUACCUUCACUUUUUAAUACAGACUCUAAACUGAUGAUUUCUAAUGAUGUGGACAAAAACAGAUAAGAAAUUACUUUUAUAUCCACAUAUUAGGAUAUGUAUCUCAUAUUUUCCUCCCCUUUAAGGAGCUCUAAACAUUUUUCACACACAUACUAUAAGUAGCAUCUUCUAAAUACAAGUCACUAAAAUCAAAGACACUUACAAGGGAUAGGUUAUUCGGAUGAAUAGUCCAUUGGUCAGGUUUUAUUCUAGGGCUAGUCUUAAGGGACUUAGCAAAAGGUCAGUAUUUCAGGUAUAUAUUUCAAAUUCUUCUGCUUCUACCUACAAUUGUGGCAGAGAUACUUUUUAAAAUAGGUCAAAGGUAGGAAGUUUUUUUAAACUAAUUUCAUAUUUUACAGAAAUAAACAUUAUCAAAUCUGUCAAAAGCACUAAUGGAAAAUUAUAUUCUUGUAUUUCUGCUUACACUGUAUUUUGUAAACCCUGUCCAUAAGAUGCAGUUCAAAUGAACAUUUGAUUUUACGUCUGUUGUAUGUGAGGAGCAGUAACACAAAAUAAAAAUAACUUGUUCUU